UAGUUUCAUUCCUUCCCACACAGUACUUCUUGUUGGCCAUGUUACAUGUUGUUAUGGAUGAACCUGAACCAGCACAAUUACUCAUGGGCGAACUGCCAAGUCUUUUGUAAUCCUCAUCCUCAUCGUGGCCAGCCCGGCAUUCACCGUAAAACUGCAGACCGAAGUGUUGAUAACCACCAGCUCGCGCGCUUUGUGCGCAUUUACACGCGAGACUGAAAAUGACGUAAAAAAAAAAUUUUUGUCUUAAUUCCAGUGUAAUGAGAUAUACGUGCCAGAAGAAUACACUUUGUUAUGUCCAGUUACAAAGAAGAUAUAUACAAGUUAUUUUAAUCCGGCUUUGAAUGUUCCCAUCAAGAAUGAACAUUUGUAAUGUGAGGAAGCUGCUAUAUUUUAUCUUGAUCCUCGCUUCGCUGAAUAUCUCCACUGCCGAUAUCGAUAUCAAUCGAAUCAAAUCAAAACUUGUAAAGAUUUUUAAUGGCAACAUACCAAGAGCUGUUGUUGACUGGAUGACAAUUCUAGAUGACAGUGUUGGUCUGUUGUCAUGCCUACCAACCAUUAAAGAAGGAAGAUGUUACAAAUCCAAAAAAUGUCAAUUACCAAAAUUGAAAUUUGGCGGUCGAAUGCUGUCUUUUGUGUUGUCGAUCUGCAAAAAUCCAUGGCAAAUAAUCAUCAAUUUUUUUCCAUUCAGGUUGCCUUGGUAUGCCAAACUUAAUAUGCAACCUUUUAUUAUUAACAUUGACAGUAACGAGAAAAAUGGUAUUUUCACAGUCAAAUCGAACACGCAAAUGAAGGCUAAAAUACGUUACGUUAACUUUGGCGUAGCAAAAGCUUCUCUUGGGAUAGAUGGUUUAAUUCGCUAUGAUUGUACCAAGCCACAUGGAAAACGUAAUUGGAUGCAACGCGUUCAGUACAAUUUAAAAGCUCCGAACGCACAGUAUACCAAAAUGUUUUACAAGUUGAAAAUUCGAAUGGAAAUUAAAAAGAAAAGGUUUAAUUGGUUCAAAUUUGACUACAAAUGCGUGCGUUGCGAAAAUAUUAUUAAUAAAUCUGGAAGCUUUGGGUCUGGUCGACCGUCUUGUGAAAAAGAUAUGUCGAGGUACUCAAAAAACAUGUUGGAAAAAGAGAGAAGGUGCUGUAGAUACAGAAAUCAUAGAUCAAAAUGCCAGAUACAUUAGAUUUUAAAAGGACAUGAAGGGUGGGUCGGAAGGGGGUGUGUGGGUGGGUGGAUGGAUUACUUUCUUAUUAGUUUCCCAGUGAUAUUUUUUACUAAGUUAUAAAAGCUAAAUCUCAUAUUUACUACAUUUUUCACCCACUUGUUUUGUUCUAAGAGUUAUAAAUUCUUUCUCCUUACUAAACUCAAGGUCGCAUAAACAUUAAAUGAUGGCAAAAGGGCAAAUAUAUUUCACACAUUUAGGAAACUCGAUUUCAUAAAAUUAACUUGGUAAAAAUUAGCAUAUUUUGCACAUGUGUUUUAUUGACAUGGAAACUUCAACAUAAUAACAUAGCAUGGCAAUAUAGAGUGAGAAAAAACUUUUUUAAAAAUAGGAGUAGAUAUACCACCCUUGAUAUGUUAUUGAGAUUAUUGUGAAAUAAUGCGCAUUUUGUAUUUCAUGGUU